CGAUAUUUCAUCGAUGCGUAGGCGUAUCCAGUAGCAUCUGUUAAAAUCAUCGAAAUUGACUAAUUGCUUCAGCAUGCCUUCAGAAUACACUUGUUGCUCGAUCUUAUUAGUAGGGGAGCUUACAAAAAUUAAUUCAUUGGCUAUAUCUACUUGUUUACAUUUACAGACUCAAACGAGCUGUUCAUUAUAUUUCAUUAUCUUAUAAACAGUACAAUAAUAGUCUCCAAUCACUUGAUUAUCUCUCGCGAAAAUUCGUGUAAAUUAUUCGAAUCGGGUGACCGCACUAAGCCCGCAGAUCAAACGAGAAUCUGCCUCUUUUUCAUCUCUUCGCGCUCCAUCCCGAAUAAUAUUUUUGUUCAAACGUUUGUGUUCAAUCGGCCGGCGAGAGCGAUCCGCGUAGCGCGCUCCAAUUAGGUUAAUUGGCGUUAAUUAAUUAGGAGAGCCGUUGACCGGGGUGUCGGUGGAAUGAUGGAAUUUUUGCAGUUUUCGGGAACGAUGGGCGAUUCGAGAUUCCCCAGAUCUUCGAAGGAAAAACGCCGAAAAUCGUACAACUUCGAGGGCGACUUUGUUAUAUCGGUCAAGCAGAGGAAUCAAGCCAAUGCCAGGGAGAGGGACAGAACGCACAGCGUAAAUAUAGCUUUCUCAACGUUGAGAACACUCAUUCCCACAGAACCGAAAGAUAGAAAAUUAAGUAAAAUAGAAACACUUCGGCUGGCUUCGAGCUACAUUUCGCAUUUGGGAACACAAUUAAUAGCAGGUCCAAUUGAACAACCCUGCUUAAGUUUCGUGAAAGAGGGUAGACAUCAAGUGUGCACUUUCUGCAUAGCGCAUAAAAAGAAUAACGUAAGGAAUGUUUUGAUUCGAAAAUUAUUUUACUUGAAAAAUUACUUUGUAGAAAUUGGAGAAUAAGUUUGAUUGCCAG